AUGUCUGAAGCCUACGCUGGAAUGUCUGACCAAGACAUCAUUGCUCAACAAGCAGCAUCGAUGAACAGCAAGGAAAACUAUCAAACAAAUGAUGCAUACCAACAACGCACAACGGUCACAUCCGAAGAAAGCAACGUUAAUGAGGACGCAGUCUCUGGAUUCCCAGGAGCAGAAGUUACCGUUGGAAGAACAGGACAAACCGGAGGAGGAACAAAAGCGCAAAAUAUUCCACCAGAAGAAGGUGGCUCAGACCGCAGUCAAGUACAAGGCGAAAGUAGUGAAAGAUUCGAAGGUCUUGGUGGACCUGAAGAUAAGAGACGUCAAGCUUUGGCAAACAAUCCAGGUGGCUUUGAUGCUGACCCACGUGGAAUCGAUCAAAGUCGUGAUCGUUCCAAAAAUGAAGCAAUCCCACUCACAACCGGACAAGAAUUGCAACCCGGUCAAGGCUUAGAUGCCGAUCAAGCUGGACAAGGAAAUCGUGCCGAUAGAUUCGGUAAUGAUGCUUAA